GUGAACUCUAGAGAGAGAAGACUCACAGGUAAAAUGGAGUUUGGCAAAACCAUCAUAAAAGCUUAGAGAGAGAGAGAGAGAGAGAGAGAGAGAGAGAAUGGAUGUGAGGAAAAUAGUGGUACUUGUGGAAGAUGUGGACGCAGCAAGAACUGCUCUCCACUGGGCUCUGCACAACCUCAUUCGUUAUGGCGACUUAAUAACUCUCCUCCAUGUAUUCCCCUCCUCCAAAUCAAAAAGCAAGAACAAAGCUCGCCUCCUUCGAUUAAAAGGCUUUCAACUUGCCCUCUCUUUCAAAGACAUCUGCAGCAACUUCCCCAACACAAACAUUGAGAUUGUUGUGACGGAAGGUGACCAAGAGGGUGGGAAGAUCUCAGCCAUGGUGCUAGAGAUUGGAGCUUCAGUACUUGUGGUUGGACUCCAUGGCCAAAGCUUUCUUUACAAGUUGGCAAUGGCCAAUGAAAACAUUGGAAACCAGUUGAAUUGCAGAGUGCUGGCCAUCAAACAGCCACCACCUCUAUCGCCUUCAGCGACAGAGGCCUCCAGAGCAGCAGCAGUUGCAGCACUAGACAUGAGUUCUUCAAAUACUAAUUACAUGGACUUUUCCCAGAUCGAGAUUGCCAGAUUACUUGUCCCUGAGGUUCAUCCACCAAAAAUUCCAUACAGAAUUUGCCCAAAUCCAUCCGCAAUAAUUUGGAGAUCAAAGUCAAGGAGAAGAUCAGGAUGUUAAUUUUUGGAAAGAUAAGUGCUAGAUUCACAAAUGGAUCACAUCAAAUUUAUUUUAUAAUCAGAUCGUACCACAUCAAGUUAAAUUAAUUUGCAAGUUUGCUUAUGUGAAAUUAAGUCUUUGCCGAUGAAGUAACUCAAUUUAUUAGGUUAUCUCAAAGGCUAUGGUUCGGUUGAUUUCAGGCCAAGGAAAUUCAUUGGGCAUGGCCAGGCAUUUAGUUUUGGCCCUUGGCUUUCAGACCUAUUCUUACACGGCACAGAAAAUACAAAUGAAAAGGUGGAAAUGACAUCAUAUAGUUGUUUUUUUAUGCUUAUAUUUUUCUUUUCCAAUUUGUACAUAAUUUUGGUCAGUGAUGCAUUCUUGGUUAUUAUGGUAA